AUGUCGGAGGAAUUGAAUAUUCAUGAUUAUCUUAAAUUCAAGUCAACCUUGACAUUUUCAUCAGAAAGUUGCCUUUUGUACAUCCGUAAGCAGAAUAGCAACGAAGUGUUUAUUACUUUCUCUAUCCCUUAUGAAAUUUUAAUUAAGUGGCACCAAAUAAAAGUAGUAAAAAAACUGUUCGUAUUGUCAUACGUGGAUUUGCUUUUCCUUUCGCAAAAUCUCCCGUCUUGUACUUUAAAUUUAAAAGAGGAGGCUAAGUUACGACUAGAAGCGCGCCUGAGAGAACUGAGUUACUCUGCUGCAAAGGAAUGUACUGGAACUAAAGGGGCUACAAGAAUAAAGAUACUUAAAAAAGUCAAGAAAUUAGCUGUAUACCAAUCUGAAAUAGAAGACGCCAGCCAACUUUUGAGUAAAAUUAACAGCCUUGAGAAAGAGAAGAAGGAAUUACAAGAACAACUUGAAACUCUUGAAGCUCGAUGUGACAGUCUUGUGCAGGAGGUUGCAGAAUUCAGGCAAACUACCCAGCGAGCAGCUGACCUUGAACAGUCUUAUUCUGAAAUAUCAGACCAAAAUGAUAAAUUAAAAGAAUAUGUCGAUUCUCUUGUAGACAGAGACUCAUGUAAACACUGCGACUCAAAUUACAGGAACAAUGGUCGUACAUAUAAUGAAGUAAGCUACACCCAAAAGCAACGAAAGCUAAAAGUGCUAAAAAGUAAUUCCGAAAGAGCCCUCUGGUUUCUUGAGUCAUUUGGAUUUAAGCUAGAUAAGCUAUUUCUCAGUGAUUGCCAAACUGGGGAAAAAGUGACUCUGCAGUACAAUAAUGAGAAAAAGUCUGCAUAUCAAUUCCUUUCGGAGGAGGACAAAGACAAGGUCAGGAAUGUUGUCUACAUUAUGGACAAGUUUUGUGUAAGUGAUGCUGCAUAUCAUGAAUUCAGCAUGACAAACAAUGAUGGUCUUCCCCGCAGCUAUUUGAUAAAACAAUGUAGACAAGAUCUCAACAAAGUGUAUAGCAUUUAA